AUGGUGGAGUCCGGGCGCAGCCUCCAUCCCUCUGCCAGAGGCAAGGGGAGCACUGAACGGCGCGCACCUCGGCUUCUGCGGCUGCUGCUCUGGGCUGGGACCGCCUUCCAGGUGAUCCAGGGAACGGGACAGCAGCUUCACGCCUGCAAAGAGUCUGAGUACCACUAUGAGUACACGGCGUGUGACAGCACGGGUUCCAGAUGGAGGGUUGCGGUGCCGCACACCCCGGGCCUGUGUACCAGCCUCCCCGACCCCGUCAAGGGCACCGAGUGCUCCUUCUCUUGCAGCGCCGGGGAGUAUCUGGAUAUGAAGGACCAGUCGUGUAAGCCCUGUGCCGAGGGCCGCUACUCCCUGGGCACUGGCAUCCGCUUCGACGAGUGGGAUGAGCUGCCACAUGGCUUCGCCAAUCUCGCCACCAACUUGGAGAUGGAAGUCGGCAUCACCGAGUCCAUAGAGAACUGCACCUCGUCCAAAUGGGUCCCUCGGGGUGACUACAUCGCCUCCAAUACGGACGAGUGCACGGCCACCCUGAUGUAUGCUGUCAGCCUGAAGCAGUCGGGCACGGUCACCUUUGAGUACUACUAUCCAGACAGCAGCAUCAUCUUCGAGUUCUUUGUGCAGAAUGACCAGUGCCAGCCCAGUGUGGACGACUCCAGGUGGAUCAAGACCACAGACAAAGGAUGGGAAAUCCACAGUAUGGAGCUAAAUCGCGGCAACAACGUCCUGUAUUGGAGAACCACAGCUUUCUCAGUAUGGUCAAAGACACCCAAGCCUGUGCUGGUGAGAAACAUCGCCAUAACAGGAGUGGCCUACACUUCAGAAUGCUUCCCCUGCAAACCCGGCACCUACGCGGCCUCUCAGGGCUCCUCUUCCUGCAAACUCUGCCCAGUGAACACGUACUCAAACAAAGGAGAAAUGUCUUGCCAUGAGUGUGACCACGACAAGUACUCAGAAAAAGGAUCCUCUACCUGUAAAGUGCGUCCAGCCUGCACAGACAAAGACUAUUUCUACACACACACGGCCUGUGAUGCCAAUGGCGAGACACAGCUAAUGUACAAAUGGGCGGAGCCGAAAAUCUGCAGCGAGGAGCUCGAGGGGGCGGUGAAGCUGCCCGCGUCUGGCGUGAAGACUGUCUGCCCACCUUGCAACCCAGGCUUCUUCAAAACCAGCAACAGCACGUGCGAGCCCUGCCCCUACGGCUUUUACUCCAAUGGCUCCGAUUGUGCCCACUGUCCAGCUGGGACUGAACCAGCCCUUGGAUUUGAAUACAAAUGGUGGAACACGCUGCCUGCGAACAUGGAGACAACAGUUCUCAGUGGGACCAACUUUGAAUACAAGGGCCUGACAGGCUGGGAGGUGGCUGGAGAUUACAUUUACACCGCUGUUGGAGCCUCAGAUAAUGACUUCAUGAUUCUUACCCUGAUUGUGCCAGGAUUCAGGCCUCCACAGUCGGUGAUGGCGGAUGCAGAGAAUAAAGAGGUGGCUAGGAUCACGUUCGUUUUUGAGACCAUCUGCUCUGUGAACUGCGAGCUCUACUUCAUGGUGGGCAUGAAUUCCAGGACCAACACUCCUGUGGAAACGUGGAAAGGCUCCAAAGGCAAACAGUCCUACACCUUCAUCAUCGAGAAGAACGCGACCAUGAGCUUCACCUGGGCUUUCCAGAGGACCAGUUUUCAUGACGCAGGUAGAAAGUACACCAAUGAUGUUGCCAAGCUCUACUCCAUCAACAUCACCAAUGUCAUGGAUGGGGUGGCAUCCUACUGCCGUCCCUGUGCCCUAGAAGCUUCUGACAUGGGUUCCUCUUGUACUUCCUGUCCUGCUGGCUACUACAUUGAUCGAGACUCGGGGUCCUGCCACUCCUGCCCCUCUAACACAAUUCUGAAAGCUCACCAGCCUUAUGGCAUCCAGGCCUGCACACCCUGUGGUCCAGGGACCAAAAGCAACAAGAUCCACUCUCUGUGCUACAAUGACUGCUUCUUCUCAGUCCACAAUGCAGCACGGACUUAUGACUACAACUUGUCAGCUUUGGCAAACCCGAUUUCUCUCUCUGGAGGGCCAAGCUUCACUUCCAAAGGGCUGAAAUACUUCCAUCACUUCACCCUCAGUAUCUGUGGAAACCAGGGUAAGAAAAUGGCCAUUUGCUCAGACAACGUCACUGACCUCCGAAUUUCCGAGGGUGAGUCAGAGUUCUCCAAAUCCAUCACGGCCUACGUCUGCCAGGUGGUCAUUGUCCCCCCGGAGGUGACAGGCUACAAGGCCGGGGUGUCCUCGCAGCCUGUCAGCCUCGCCGACCGACUCAUUGGGGUGACAACAGAUAUGGCUCUGGAUGGAAUCACCUCCCCAGCUGACCUUUUCCCCCCGGAGUCCUUGGGAAUACCGGACGUGAUCUUCUUUUAUAGGUCCAACGAUGUGACCCAGUCCUGCGGUUCUGGGAGAUCAACCACUGUCCGUGUCAGAUGUGAUCCGUUGAAACCUGCCCCUGGAACUCUGCUUCUGCCAACCACUUGCUCGGAGGGGACCUGUGACGGCUGUACCUUCCACUUCCUGUGGGCCAGUGCCGCGGCUUGUCCUCUCUGCUCCACGGCCGACUACCAUGCCAUCAGCAGCAGCUGUGUGGCUGGCAUCCAGAAGACAACGUAUGUGUGGCGGGAACCAAAGCUGUGUGAGGGCGGCAUCUCCCUGCCUGAGCAGCAGGUCACCAUCUGCAAGACAAUUGACUUCUGGCUGAAAGUGGGCAUCUCUGCAGGCACCUGCACGGCCAUCCUGCUCACCGUCCUCACCUGCUACUUCUGGAAAAAGAAUCAAAAACUAGAGUACAAGUACUCCAAGCUCGUGAUGAACGCCACCCUCAAGGACUGUGACCUGCCCGCAGCUGACAGCUGUGCAAUCAUGGAAGGCGAGGACGUGGAGGACGACCUCAUCUUUAGCAGCAAGAAGUCACUCUUUGGGAAAAUCAAAUCAUUCACCUCUAAGAGGACGCCUGACGGGUUUGACUCGGUGCCACUGAAAACAUCCUCAGGUGGCCCAGACAUGGACCUGUGAGGGCCCCACCCUGCCUCACCUGCUGCCUCACCUCGGCGCAUCACCUGGCAAGCCUGUGGGUGCCAGCUUCAUGCAACACCCACUACUGGAAAUCUCUUCAUCGUGGCCUUAUCAGAAGACGUUUGAAUUGCGGAUCUUU